AAAAAAAAGGGAAUUGCGGCGGCGCCAUUUUUAGACCUUCACUUUGCACUGAAAACCCUAACGUCACUCUCCUUUAACCUUUCUAUUUUCACUCAUUCGCCUUAAUUUUACUUUGAAUAUUUGUUUUUAAUGGAGGAAAAUAAAAAACAGCAGCAAUUUUUGGUUUUAUCUGUAUCGGAGCUUACAAGUUCUUCUUCGACUUCGUUGUUUGCGAAAACCGAACCGGUUUUUGCUCGGUUCGGGUUAGAAUCCGGUUCAACGGAGCUCCGGUUUGGACCGGAUACCGACUCAAGUGACGUCAUUGUGUUUAACCUUCCAACUUGCCAAUUAUUCAAAGUAGGCCCUGCUGAAUCUCUAUGCAUAUCUGAAGCUUCUGAAGCCAAUAAAGAGAAAACAUAUUCAAGGGGAAUCUCCAUUCAAUUUAGAAACGAGGAGGAAAGUAGGACCUUCCAUUGUGCAUUUGAGCAAUGGAAGAAGGAAGUGGUUGUUCAAGAAUGUCCUUUGAUAAAUGGAGCAGUAUCAACUUCAAAAAGCAAAUUUGAUGACAAAAUAGAGGCAUCUUCUGCCAAAAUGUACUUUCACUACUAUGGGCAGCUAUUACAUCAGCAGAAUAUGUUGCAGGAUUUUGUAAGGACAGGAACCUAUUAUUCUGCUGUAAUUGAGAACCGUGCUGAUUUUCUUGGUCGCGUAGUGGUUGAUGUUGGUGCUGGUAGUGGCAUUUUGUCAUUAUUUGCAGCCCAGGCUGGUGCAAAGCAUGUUUAUGCCAUAGAGGCUUCUGAAAUGGCCGACUAUGCAAGAAAACUUAUUGCUGGAAAUCCAUCACUGAAUGAAAGAAUCACAGUAAUCAAAGGAAAGGUUGAAGAUGUAGAGUUACCUGAAAAAGCUGAUAUUUUGAUCUCUGAGCCAAUGGGUACAUUGUUAGUUAAUGAAAGAAUGUUGGAAUCUUAUGUGAUUGCAAGAGACCGAUUUCUUGUUCAAAAUGGAAAAAUGUUUCCCGGCGUCGGAAGAAUACACAUGGCACCAUUUAGUGACGAAUUUUUGUAUAUGGAAAUAGCAAAUAAGGCUACCUUUUGGCAGCAGCAAAACUACUUUGGGGUUGAUUUGACAGCUUUGCAUGGAUCUGCUUACCAAGGAUACUUUUCUCAGCCCGUUGUUGAUGCUUUUGAUCCUAGAUUAUUGGUAGCUCCUGCAGUCUCCCAUGUGAUAAACUUCAGUUCGGUAAAGGAAGAGGAUCUAUAUGAAAUUGACAUCCCGUUGAGAUUUCUCUCUACCGUUAGCACUAGAAUUCAUGGGCUUGCUUGCUGGUUUGAUGUACUUUUUAAUGGAAGCACUGUGCAAAGGUGGCUGACCACUGCUCCGGGUGCACCAACUACUCACUGGUAUCAGCUUCGGUGUGUCUUACCGCAACCACUUUAUGUCAUGCCAGGACAGGAGAUAACUGGUCGGCUUCACCUAGUUGCCCAUAAGGCACAAAGUUAUACCAUUUACCUAACAUUGUCAGCUCUUGUUGGAGAUAUGCUCCAAACAUCAUCUGUUAAACUUGAUCUGAAGGAACCGUACUACCGGAUGUCCCAGCCCCAGGCAUAUUCAUCAGCACAAGAUCAACAACCUAACCAGCUAUUACAAACACAGGACAUGCAAUUUCCAUCUCGGGAUGAAGACGGCUCAGUCCUAAUGCAACCACCCUCCCCGACUUCAGGCCUUGAGCUACAUUCUCUCUGAUAGAAAAAUCCAACUCGGGAGAUGUGCAUCUCGACGUGCUCUUGCAUGUGUAACAUUAUUAGUGCUUGGCUAAGCUAAAGCAUGCAUCUUUAUGUUAGUCCAAGUUCUGACUUAAAUGAUUUACCAUCCAGUGUAUUUUCCACUAAACACUUGCAGACUCCAUGUUGAAUGCUUCCAUAUUAAACUUGACAUAAGUGGUUA